GAAAGGAAGCACGGUCGAACACCAUAUUGGCGGCGCUGUGUCGACGCGGAUGUUUUCGUUUUGUCCGUUUUAAAUAAAACGCGAAAAUGGACGAUCGUUCGAGUUCGUUGAGCGAAAUGAAGGUAUGCAGGUUCUGCUUGUCCGCCGACGAAAACGACCUUACCAAUAUCUGCCAGAAGUCGAGCAAAGAACACAACAAACAAUCGGUCCCGCUACCUGUGCAGAUCAUGGCCUGCGUCGCUAUCGAGGUAUUUCCCAAUGAUGGAAUGCCACAGCUCAUCUGCGGGAAUUGCAAAAGAGAAACCGCCCGAUCCUACAUAUUCAAAACAAACUGUAAGAGGGCCGAUGACGCGCUUAGGCUGUUUCUCUACACGGGCAAACUGACCAAGCCUAACCUGGAACAGGUGCCGCACAAAGAUAUCGCGGAGCCCAUAGCACCUCGAGAAUUCAAAAUCUGCAGAGAACCUGCUUCAAAAGAGACCGGACAACGGGUUAUCAAACUAGAGGACGGCUCGGAGGUUGUAACGUUGACAGUAGCUGGCCCCACCGACACAUCAUGCGAACCAGAAGAAAACGAAAUCGAAAAAAUUAUAUAUGUCAAUGACGGAUCCCAAGAACUUGAAACCCAGAGUGACAAUGACGAGGAUGUUAACCAGGCCGUUCAGCAGGUCGCGACCGAGUGCUUCGCGUGCAAUCACUGUGACCGUACGUUUCCGCUCAAACAGCUGCUCGAGCUGCACGUGACGAACCAUGAGCGCGAGAGGCACUUCAAUUGCUCGACGUGUGACAAGAGCUUCUUCAGCAAAUACGACCUCAACAAGCACGAGCGCACCCACGACGACGAAAAACCGUACUCCUGCGUCGUUUGCGGCAGGAGUUUCGCGCGGGAGGCGCUGCUGCGCAGGCACGAGGCCGUCCACGGGACCGCACCCAAAUACAUGUGCGGCGUCUGCGAUCGCACCUACCUGUCCAAACCGGACCUCGACGAGCACGCGCGCAAACAUCAAAAACGACGGCCGUUCACUUGUGCGAUGUGCGACAAGAGUUUCGUGUUCAAGCAAGGCCUCGAGAGGCACAUGGCGACACAUGCGCAGGACAAGCCGCACAAAUGCAACUACUGCGACGCUAGUUUCAACACUGCGAUCCGCCUCGCGCGCCACGUGACAUCUCACGCCGGGCUCCGCCCCUAUCCGUGCAAGAUAUGCGCGCGCACGUUCUUGCUCAGCCACCAUCUGACCCGGCACAUGCGCACCCAUUACGCGGCGGAGCAGGGCCGCAAACCGGAGGAGACCGUCGGUCAGCACAAAUGCGACAUCUGUAGCAUGUCGUUUAAGCGCAAGGACAGUCUCAUCAAUCACAGCGCGAUCCACUCGAUGGUCAACCUGGUCUGCGUCAUAUGCAACACGUCGUUCGAGACCGCCCAAAUGGUCAAAGAGCACAUCACGACGCAUCUGCAGGGCCUGCCGUUUCCGUGCGAGCGCUGCGACUACAGUUUCGAGUCGUCCGAACAGCUCGAGGAGCACGAGCUCAAACACGCCGAGAUGGAGUACGAGGAGCAAAUCGAGCAGGAGUUCAUCAACGAGACGAGCCGUCAGAUGGAAACGGACGAGGAGGACGCGGACGAUGAUGACGAUGACGGCGAGGUGAAAGAGUACACGAUAACGGACGGGGGCGGGCUGGAGGCGGUGCCGAAGAAUCGGCCCCCGAAACGGAUGGGAUUUGAGUCAGAUUACCAUACGAGUGGGCAGGAGUCGAUUUACGAGAUGGAGGCGGGGGAGGUGCUGUACGGACGGGAGCUGGAAGAGGAACCGCCCGAAGAACAGAAAUAUAUCAGGGAAUUUUUCAAGACCGAAAUCGAAUCGGAGGUUGAGGAGGAAAGUAGGUCGCAGGAGUCGCCAGAGGCAGAGCAGCAAGAAGAGGUGCUAAGGCCUAUCGUCAGGAGCGAAGGCACCAAAGUCUACAAGCGGAAAGGACCUGUUGAUAGGAAACGGCCGUACCCCGUGAUGCAGGAGGCGGCCAUAGCGGAGGCGACGCUGGAGACCGCGUCCCUGGAAGAGAUCACCGACUCGUCGGCGGAGAUGAGGCUGUCGCGGGAGCUGCUCAACAGCAUCCCAAAAAAGUCGCGGACUAACGUCAUAGUAGGUGAUCGCGUCGUCAAAGUGCAGAAGUUUAUCAUGACCAAGGAGGAGAUCAAGAAUUUGGCCAAAGAAGGUGUCAUUGAGUUAAAAAAUGGCCAGGUCGUAUUGAAAAACUCGGGAAAGUCAAUAAUAAAUGCGUCGCUCAAGCCAGUGCAGAAGAAGGACAUUGACCAUCUGAUUCAGCAGCAGCAGAUGCCCAGAGUCAGGCUCAGGCAGUACCAGAAGAAACCUACCAAGAGUGGCGGCGGAGGUGACGACGUCGACACUUUGAAAUAAUCUAUUUGUUUUGUGUACUUGAUUAAAUAUAAAAAUAUAAGAUGAUAAAAAUGUGAUUUAGUAGUAAGAGGGAUGAAAAAAAUCCUGGCAACCUCCAGUUUUCUAUAUUUUUAUUAAAACUUUGUCCCUACA